UUAGUUGUCACAUGUUUAAAAGGGAUUAAAAUUAACAUAGAGAGUCUGCUUAUCAGCAGUUGUCAUACAGAAAUUUCGACUUUAUUUUUACAGAGAAAAUAGUAGUUUAAAGGAGAGAAAAGGGCGAGAAAACAUGGUCAGGUAUUACAAAAGAAAAACUGAACGUGGCAGUGCAGUACCUGACGUGAUUUUGAGGGCAGUCAGACAGGUGAUCCUAGCUAAUAAAUCAAUCUAGAGUACAAUAAAGGACUUGAAUGACAACUACCAUACCUUGGCUCGGUACUGCAAAACAUUCACCCCAGCCGAAAUACAGAGUCAGACAGCUCUCCAAACUCCAGAGCAUGUUGAUAAUAUUUUAUGUCAAUGUUUGUUCAGUGACUUUUUGUAGCUCAGUGAUAAACAUUUUCUGUGCCCGACUAUGAUGUUAAUUUUUAUAGAAGAAAAGGGGAGCAACAUUAAUUUUGUCCUUUUUUUAAUAGCUGCAAAAUCCACUGUGACAUCUUACCCCAUAUAGUGAGACAACUUACCCAAUGGUGGGGCAACAUGUCACAUGUUCACACUCUCUAUUUGAUAACUUAUAUCUCUGCACUGACACAAGAUAUGAAAAUGACAUGAUUAUGACAUAUAUACCUGAGACUUUGGUCUUUCAUCAGGUACACAUUUUGUUAAUGUAUGAUGUAUUGAUUACAAGAAAUAUAUAAGAAUGUAAAAAGUGUGACAACAAGCCCCGGUCUCCCCUAAACGGAACUCGAAAAUUGUGAUUAGAAAAUCAGUCAGAGUGUAGCACCGAGUUAUGUCCCACCAGUUAAUGUAGGGCUCUGUGUUGAAAGGUUAGGGCGUGCUUGGAUUAGAUUUGACCACGGCGACCAUAAAGGAAGAUAAGGGAGUGCGCGCGUAAUGGUGUGCGCCGCCGCGCUGUGGCAGUAGGCUGAGCGAGUGCAGGGGGGCCGGUCUUUGUCGUCAUCUCUGCUCAUAUUUAAUCAAUGAGGAGGCAGCGGCCACCGGAGAAACUGGCUGCUUCUGGUUUCCAGGCAUAAAUACAAAGCGGAGCCGGUCUGAGGGAAAAACGGCACAAAGGAAAGCGGAGCCCCGUGAGGUUUUAAAGCUGAAGACUAAGAGAGUCAGGUAACCCGCUGCUCAAGCUCACUACACUUACAUUUGUAGAGAUAUCCGCAUAUUCUUAAGAGUGAGUCGCUGAUAGUGAACAUUAGAUGUGAAGCAGAAUAACAGCUUGUGUUUGUUGUGACUGAAAAUUCAGUGAGGACAGUUUAUUUACUGAAGUUAUCACCGGUGACAGAGACUUUACACAUUAAGGUAGAUUCACACUGAGUUAUGUGUGUAAAUAAGAGAAUGAAAGUUCCAACCUGUGUGUAAACAGAGCAGAUCAAAUGUUAGUCUCACUGAUGUAUUAUUGUAGGUCGCUGUGCGUGUUUUUAAAGAGAGGCUGCUGUGACUAAAGCACAGAGGUCUUUCGUUGUCUUUCGUUCAUUUUCACCGGUUUGUUCCGACCUGUCUGAGGUUAUCUUCACGUUGUCUUUCUCAGACAAUAAGUGAGUAAGUCUGUGAUGUUGUUUCAAACUGCUGCCACUUUGGCAUCACAGCUUAUACGUGGCAGCUCGUCCUAAACAGUUCACUCCAUCAGCCAGCCAGCUGAGGACUGAAGCAGGAGCUCAUCUCCAUACGUUUUUUUCUCCUUAUCUUUUUCACACUUGAUACCAGUUAUAUACAAGGCAUCUUUUUGCAAACUGAUGUGUGUAUAUUGGCUGAUCAAUUCUACACAAGUACUCAAUUGAUCCAUCAUGAUUUUGGAAAGGUCAGUUUAGGACAAGGAGAUUACUUUCAACAUUUUUUUUACUCUUAUUCGAGCGGUGUAUUUUGGCAUUCAGUCAGUGUCAAUAAUAUAAUAAUAACUUAAUUUGUAUAGCACUCUUAAAAAUAGAGGUUUACAAAGUGCUUUGACAUAUAGUCAUAAAGCAUAUGGGGAAAGACAGAUAUAAACAAAAAGCUCAGUUAAAACAGAAUUGAAGGCCAUUUUCAUGUCAUAAGGACGUGUGUUAAAAAUCACAAAUAAAGAGAUUUGUUGAUGUAGUCUUAAGACGUUAUCAAAAAGUAUGCAAGAAAAAAGUGUUUCUGUCUAAAUAAUUAAUGUAGAUAAAAAAUUUGCCUCCAUCACCUGCUCAUCCAAGAUCUACAAGACCCACUUUAUCAUUUUUUUUAUUAUAAAAUCAGCACCAACAACUUAUGUUCAUUCCAGAUGUAUUUACAAAGAUUGAGAAGUUGUACUGAACACAUAUGUUUUGUAAAGAAGCUAUAAGAACUGAUUUUGUUAUAGAAAUAUAUAUUUAUUUUUUAUUUUGAAAUUCUCUGUUGUUAAUUAAUCUCAGUGUCCUGGUUUCAUGUGGUGAGUUUGCUGUAACUUAUGUUAUCUUAAGGACCACUACUAGUAUUGCAGUGCUCUCUUCUCUUUAUCUGCACAAGGAGAAUAUCAAGUGUGGUGCAGAGUCGGACAACUGCAGUGUGUGUAUGUGUACUGCUGUGUUAUGUGUGUGUGUGGCACUUCCACUCCAGUAUCCCAGCUUGGGAAAAUCUGAGUUGGGAGAGAAGUGUGGAAUGCCUGGCCUUUGGCACAGAGUCCCUGAACUACACAGUGAUUUCUCUUCUCUUUACGUAAGGAUGUGGAGAUGUUAGUUAGCAUGCUAAUGCUCGCAUGGGACUGAUAAAGGAAAUGCAGAUGUGCGUGUGGACAUAGCUGGGAACAAGCAAAGACGAGAGGCCUUGGCUCAGACACAGCAAUAAAAAGAUAUGCCUGCCUUCAAAAAGACCACCGGCGGAUGCACUGUACUGUUGCCAUUUCUAGGUCAGUGGUAGCCCCUCCACCCCACCCCCCUUCCUCAUUACUCCACCCCACCCUAAGCCACCUAUCCACCCAAGGCCAGCCCACCCACACAUUAAUCUGUGGUGUUGGUGUACAGCGUGAGGCAAUGGCAUGUGGCGAGUAACUUAACCAGACGUGGAAUUACAAGUGAUCAGGAAGGGAUGCACAAUCUGUUUGCAGGUCUGGAUUGUCAAGUGAACGCAUCUAUGAAACACAUCUGCUUCAUUCAAGGAGUUGAGCUUAUUCUUCACUGAAAUAGACAUUCUUUCAUGUUUCCACGUCAAAGACUCAUUGUGAGUAAACCUUGAGUUGAAUCUAUCACAAAAGGAAACCACACGAUUUCAUCAAGAGGAUGCAAUAAUGAAACAAAUGUUUGUCAUUACACACAAGAAACACACAUUACUGAGCUGAUUUGACCUAUUUUAAAAAGAGUCAAACAGCUUCUUAAUCCUUUUUCUGUAAAUAGAAUGGAAGGCAACCAAGGACAAGGGCUAUACUGUAGUCUGAGGCGCUCUCCAGGACAGCUCGCAGUAUGAGGAGCAGAUUAAAAACACCGAGCAGUUGUGUUUUGUUGACACUUGUACUGCUGUGGUGUUAUCACCUUUAUGCAACUGGUUUCCAAAGAUUUCUCACACUUCUGAGUCUUUUUCUACCCCCAAAAGGGAUCUACUAACUCAUGAUUAUGAAAUGAUACGUGUCAAACCAACACAGCUAAAGCCUCCCGGCAGGACUCACUUUUUCAUGCUUCUGUUGGUUGCCCUUUCUACAUCAAAGUAGUAAUAUUAUCAUUUGGUUACAGCAUGUAUUUUAAUUUUAACUUGCUUCCUACCAGAUUUGACUUUAUUGCUUGCAGGUGGUAAAACCAGCACUGAUCCACCGUAAUAGAUUUGCUGCCAUGGUUGUUAGAAAUCAAAUACGCAAACAAACAGAGAGCUUGUAAUCAUGGCCCUGGUUGACCGAGCAUUAAAGCAUGCACCAUAUGUACAUGCGCCCACACAGAGGGUAUGACUAUACAGCAGUUGCUGGUUCCACAGUUUACCCCCUCAUUUACUGUUUCUCUGUAGCUUUUCUGCCCAAUAAAGACAAAGAUGCCCCCAAAAUACUUUAAAAGUUGUUGAUUCUGACACCUGCUGACAACUUAAUUAGGUGUCAACUUAAACAAACACACUUAAGAUAAUCCCUACAUGAUUUACUUACAGUCCAGUCAGUAAACAAUAACAGGGAAAAGAUGUCCCUGUAAAUACUUUGCUGUCAACAGUACAAACACAGCAACCCCUGCAUCCUCAUAUUGUCAGAUAUGUUGUCUACAUUUGUUGUUGGUCACAAAGCAGCGUCCUCUGUGACCCUCAUCUCUACCGGCAGUGGAGGAUAAAAGAGCAGCAGUCAUAAAGCAGAGAGUGCUGAAACACUCACUAAAGAGACACCACAAUUUAAACCAUCUAGUCUUUGUCUUACUGCACAUGUAAACAAACAUGUUAACCUGGAUUCAACACCUCAGAUUUAAUGAACUCACACCACCUCACUGUCACAAAAGCUUUUGUUUGGGCGUUGUUUGUGUGAUCAUAAGUCAGCUGUACGGACCCUAUCAUUCAAGUUAUUCUGCUUUUGUUGUUGUUUUUUUUUUGUUACUUUUACAGAUUACAAAGUCAAACCCACAACACCAAGACUGUGUCACACACAUUCCUGCUGCAUCACCAUCCAAGGUCCUGAAAUCUAAGUCAUGAUUAUUAACCCUGUAAUUGCCGUGUGCUUAGAAUUAACAGUAGUCUCUAUGGCUCUUUGGUACAGAAAACAAAACUGGAAAGGUCUUAUUUAGUUUUACAAACUUGUAAUUCAGCGUUAUUUGGUGGAAAUUUGAAGUGCAGACUGACUUUGCAAUGUAAAUCUAUUUUUAAACCAUCAAAUGAUGAACCAACUCUUCUGAAUCACCAGAAGUAGUACUUGAUGAUAUCAAAAUCAUGAUUAAUUGAACAUUUUACCUGGGUUAUGAUUAUCUGAAGUUUUAUUCAGUAUUUUUGCUUUAAAGCACUUGUCAGUCUCUCAUUUUUUGAUUUGUGAGCACUGUUUGUGUAUUGUUCCUGCUCGUAACAUGACUGUGCUUUAAGUGUGAAAACAGAUCGGUGAUCAUUGAAGCUGUUUUCCGCAGUGUUUACAUCUGACUUCUUUUUGUUCAGUGUCAUCUUCCCUGAGCCAAAAUGUGCUUCAAACAACAGACACAGCAUGUUUUUCUGAUGCUGCUGGAAGUGCUCAGUUGGUUCGGUGUUGGAGUUCUCCUCUGUGUCACAGACUGAGACGAGGUCAGGUGAUGACACACGGCACGCUGUAGUAUGUUUACGAGGGGACAGUUCACGAACGCCCAGAGUGGGGAACAGAAUUUUAAAAACGUUUUGACAUGAGCACGAUUGCACUGGUUAGAGAUUCUGAAUGUUGGUUGAAGAUGAAAGGUAUAACUGCUCUUUAUAUUAUUGAAUUCACUGAACAGUAAUACUGCCCAAGAGAAGUCAGGAGCAUUGAUUAGAAAUAGUGCUCAGAACCAUGUUCAUCAGUCUUUACACAAAUCCUGUCCCACAUACGUGUUAGAGGUCGGCGUUAAGACUCUAGCGGACUUCGAAACAGGAAGUUAUAGAGAUUUGCAGAAAUCCCUACAUAUGACCUCUUGACUUCCUCACUCUCUGACAUAUAUCCUCCCCUUACACAUCUUGCAGUGUUAGCUGGUGGUUUCCUCCCUAUCCCUCCUUUUCAGCGCUUGCUGUUCAUGUGACUCGACAGCUGAGCCAUCAUAAUUCAUGACUUGUUUGGACACACCGUUUCUCAGAGGUCAAAGUUGAGCCAAGGUUCAAAACACGUGGGAGGGGUUUCCCAUUGUCACCGAUAACUGUCUUUGUUGUUUAUGUAAUUGUGUUGUUCUUUUGUUGAGAGGUGGAUGACCUGCUGUGAUUUAAAAUCAGGGAUGAUGCCUGACCUCAACCUGUCAGAUAAACAAACAUUGUGUAUUUUCUACAGUGUACCAUAUGUGCUGCCCUGUGUCUGGUGUUGCUGUAGAAACAAAGAAGGACAACAUCAGAAUAUUACUACCUUACCUCAGAGGGCUUGGAAUUAUAUUUAAUGUAUUCCAGGAAUGAAAAAAACAGACAAUUUUAGAGCGAAAACCCUCAGAUUACGGUUUUAACUGUUAACAUCAUCACCCAACAAAAUAAGCCUGCCUCCGACUGUUACUUCUUUGAGAGUAUCCUUUUUCAUCGGGUUAACAGAAAUGUUUUCAGAAAAGGCUCCCACUGUGUUAUCCUCACGCGCAGCUGUCCAUACAUUCACAACAAGCAGCCUUGUGAACUGGAAAAACAAGGUCGCUUGUGUGCUCUCCGCUCUGAUGAUUCAAUCCGAAUGUUUGUGUCCUUAAGCAGUUCCCUGAGUAAUUCAAGAUAGUUCAAAAAGAAUCCAUUUGAGUUUGUUUACACUCUGGUAGGAAGAAGGAGGGUAGUAUCAGGACUUUGUAUUUGGUCGUGUGAUUGAUGAACAGUGAUUACUCAGCAGGUGAAUUGAAUAAUGAUGACACCCUACCAUGGAAACGAGCCUAUAUUAGUUAAAUCGAUCUUAAACAGAGCUGUAAAUGGCAUAAUGAGGAUGAUGUCUUUAUUGAACACUUAUCAGCUCAGAACGGUUAUAAGUAGACAGCAAUUAAUCAGGAACACUAGCCUUCAAGGGGUCAGAUUAUUCCAGAGGAGAUCAAGUGCAGUAACAAAGUUCACUCGCUACGUGCAGAAGGUUCCUUUACAUUCAGGGUACCCUAUAUGGACUUGUACAGCACUUGAACACUACUUACACUGCAUUAAUACACUGAAGAUCACUGCAGGGGAUCAUCAGAAUCAGCAAGCCCCAAUGUAAAGGAUUUUAUUGAUCCUUUACGUCUGUUUCCUAGCAACAGUUGUUAUGUAUACAAGUAUUGUCUGACAACAGUUCAGUGCCUGUACCACAGUCUCUCUUCGGUGCUGUAUCAAGUUUUCUCUGACCUACAGGUGAGAUAUUUCAACUGAGAUGAUGAGAAGGUUUUCAUGUUUUGUCCAUCUUAGAUUAGAUGUGCUGUGGUCACGUUCAAAUGGCGGUGUAUUGAUUUUAAUGGAAAACACUCAUCUGUCAUGCUAAUUUUUGUACUAAAGAGACUGAUCGAGUUGAAGACACAUUCGUAUUUUUCCAAUUGAGCUUAAGUAGGGGAAAAUGUAAACAUAUUGACAGAAUUCAGUUUCCUCUUGAUUUUUCGAAAAAAAAUGUAACAUGUUCUUAUAUUGAUCUAUUUGUUGAAAAGGUCCUGACAGUUUAUAGGAUCUUGAAAACAUCAACCAAGACAGGAGAACUGCAUCAGCAGAGAGAAGCAGUGAUCUGUUGCUUAAAAUACUUGGCAGAGAUAUGAUACAGGUGGGAGCGUAUUGCUAACUGGUAUGCGACCCAGUACAACCCAUCAAACCAGCUAUGUGUAUAGUCAUUGAUAAGAUGCUGCCCCAUUUACCAGUAUGUGUUCUUUCCCAAGUAUCUCUAUGUGUCACUUAAAAAUCAAAGACCAGGUUGUGUCUCUGUAUGAGUGUCUGUCACCUGCUUGCCUGCUUUAACAUGGUGCCUUUUCUUUCAUUUGUGAACAGACUCCAUCGAAGAGGAGCUUGGACGGCAUGCAAAGUUGUGAAAUUUCGUCAGACAGCACUGAUGAUCCUCUUAGUAGCGGCCUACGCACUCAUCGGCAGCCUCGAAUAGUAGUGAUUGGUGCUGGCUUGGCCGGCCUUUCUGCAGCUAGAGUCCUACUGAAAAACAGCUUCACGGAUGUUACUGUCCUAGAGGCUUCAGACCACAUCGGAGGGAGAGUUCAGAGUGUUCAGCACGGUGAGACAAAGACUGCCUGUUGACCAGUAUAUUUGUGAUGACAACACGACUCUUUCUCUGCCAAAUUAGCAUGGGUAAUUGAAACACAUUCACAGCAGACCUGCUGCAUAGAAAAUUAUCUCUCUUGACUUUUCAACUUUUCCCCAAACAUAAAACUCAGCAUUUUUAAUAAAUGAUACUUUCACAAACCCUUAUGUAACCCCUGUGACUGAUUUAAAAGUAGUUGCCUCUAAAAUGUCCCAAUAUUUAACAGGCAUUUUCCCAUGAACAGCAACAAAAGGUGCUUUCUUUGAAAGCCUAGAUAAAAAUUGUGUGAGCACUUAAAUUCUGCUUGAUAAAUGGAAUUGUUUACCAACCCCAUCUGCCUGUACACUCUUCCCUUUUUGUGCAUUAGCAGGGAUCAAAAAUGGCAGACAAAAGUUAGCUGGAUACAACCAAAGAUGACUAGACGACUCUUAGCUGCUUACUCUUGAAUAUUGUUUUAGUCACAGACUAAACAUAUUUGACUGUGUGCUACUCAGCACCUGUAACUCAGAUUUACCUUUAGACACACCCAAGCUGUUUCUAAUCUCUGUGCAAAGUUGUUAUCUUUCCUCUGGUUGCUCAUGAAGCCAAAAGGCAGGGAUGAGCUCAAACGGAUAAAUUUGAUGGUAUGCAAUUGUAAUUUUCUGGAGCUGUCCCAGCUUUAAUUCAUUUUAUUGUUGAGCCAAAACAUUCUGCUUUUUAAAUAACUGUUUUUGUGUUCGUUGUGCAUUUUCAAAGAGAUUGCACACCUGUAAAGACAUUAGAUUAAAAAGAAAAAAUAAACAAAUGGAAAUGUGGUUAUGCUCACCAUGGAAUAUACCCUUUUUAUGGGUGUAUUACUUCCUCUGAAAAAGUCUCCUUCCAAUCCUUGGAAGCUUUGGCAUCUUUUUCUGUUUGUUUGUUUGUUUGUUUGUGUUCCUUUUGUUUUCGUAGUUGCUUAAACUACUUUGCCGCUGUGGUAGCUUGCCUCAGACAAACCAGUUGUAUGUAAGUUGGAUAUAAAAUACAACCCUGUUAUUCAGUUUGUUGCCAACAUAGAUAAAAAAAGAUAUUUAUGGUCACCAUGGAUACCAAAUUUUAGAUCGCAGGUGAACAGAAAAUACAGAGACUUCUGUGAAGGCUUAUGUGUGGGGCAAAGGUCAUACUGUAAUAGACUUUCAUUUAGCUGUGAUUAUGUUCUGUUCAUACUUACUCAGAAAAUAUAAUAUUCUGUUAUUAUGUUUUGUAAUCAGGCAUUUAGCUUUAUUAGCCUUAAUAACCUGGGCAAAUAACCAUAUCAGAAAAUAAUCAAGCUUUUCCUUCAGUAAACUGGAGUGAAGCUUGUCGAUUUUCCCAACAAUGUAAAAUGAAGUGCAGGUCUUACGUCAGUUAACAUUGUCUGUCGCUGGUUUUCAUGAUGACAAUUUUUUCUUGGCAAGAACGUAAAAAACGGGAGCAGCAUCCACUAUUGCACUGAUACUGCAUGAACAUAAGAGAUCACAUGUGAUCACACACUCAUACUGCUCUCUUUAAUGUAAUCCUGCAGGUCAGUUCAUGUAUAUCUGCCUCUGUUAUGUAAACGCCUUUUUUAUACGCCGAGACAUUAUGUAAUCCUGAAGCAUCAUGAAGCUAUUUUAGUCUUAGGCCCGUUUCUAUUAUAUAAAGUAGAAACAUCAAAUUUGAUGCCAUUAUAAUCUGGAUGAUUAUUAAACUAAACCUGCUUUUCGUCUUUUCAGGUGCAGAAUCGUUAUUGAAACGGUUCUCAUUUAUAAACCAAUCAAGUUAUCGAACACAUGAGGUUUGGUGAUGCUCAAAAAGAUGCAGGUUUUUCUGACUUUCAAAGAUCUCUGUUUUUAACAUUUUUAGGAACUGCUACUUUGGAGCUUGGAGCCACCUGGAUACAUGGCGCCAAUGGGAACCCGGUGUAUCACCUGGCAGAGGAGAAUGGGCUGCUGGAGCACACCACAGAUGGGGAGAAGAGCGAAGGGCGCAUCAGCUUGUACACCAAAAAUGGUGUAGCCCAUUACCAGACCAGCACAGGGAGGAGAAUCCCCAAGGAUCUGGUGGAGGAGUUCAGUGACCUGUACAACGAGGUGAGGGGUACACACAUGAACUCACUGUUACGUGCACAAAGCGAUUCAAGCAUGGGAAAUAGCACAUUGUCAGAAUAUGUGUAUGCACAUAGAAGAACCAUAAAGAAAACGAUUUCUUUGAUUUUAGUAGCAGUGUUGAACUUUCAACAGGCAUUUUGUCAGAAUUAAAUAUGAGUAAAAAGGCCAGUUAUCAAAAAAAAUCAAUCUUAUUUUAGCAACCUUUAAGCUACUUUAUACAAGGUGAGAGAGGAAAGGUUGCACAUGUAAUGUUUCCUCCAUGCCUUGCAUCCAUGUACAAAUCUCUUAAUCUUAAGGGAACCACUGAAAUUAUCCUCAAUCCGUGCUGUAAUUUCCCUGAAAUGUCCAUCUUUGUCAGUCCAUCUUUCUUCUCUGUGCUCUGUAGUAGUCCCUGUUAGUGUGAUUAUCAAGCUGUAAGUAGGUCACCUCUGGAAAAGUGGUUACAGAGGGAAAGUAUAGGCCACAUAAAAGGCGUUUUGUUUUCAUUGACCCGUGUACUUCUAUGUUUUCUGAGUUGACCUCAGGGUCUAGCUAAUAAACCCCGCCAUGUGUACAUGCAGUAAACUUGUGUUAAAUGUCUUUCAAUGGAAUUUCACACUUCGAGCAGUUUCAGAAUCCCAAAGACUGGAAAUGUUUUGGCCUUUAAUACAUUUAGCAUCUCUGCUCGGCCAUCAUCAUCAGUCUACUGUUUAUAUCCUCCUGUUAUCUUUUUACAGCUCUUAUAAAUUUGGUUGUAUUUAAUAAAGGACCUGGUCAUCAAUCCUGCUGAAAGUGUUCAUAAAUUUAAGUAUUUACGACUGGGAUGUGUAGUUUUUGCCCCUGUGUCUCCCUCUUUCCUCCUUUUUGUGGCUGCCAUCAUCAGUGGUCUGUCUAAUAGUUUUACCAUUUGUUAAAGUCGAGCACCGACCCGACCAACCAUGUAAUGAACUUUUCUUCUUUCACCCUCUUUGCUUUCUUCACUUUCUUCCUCAUUCCCCUUCCUCCUGAUGAACCCUCUGUCUCCUGCCUUUUGCUCUUCUUUAGGUGUACGAGCUGACUCAGGAGUUCUUCCAGAACGGGAAGCCGGUUUGUGCUGAGAGCCAGAACAGCGUUGGCGUCUUCACACGAGACUUGGUGCGCAAGAGGAUCAUGUUGGAUCCUGACGACUCUGAGAGCACCAAGAAGCUCAAACUGUCCAUGCUUCAGCAGUACCUCAAGGUGUGAAUGUGCGUCCAUCCACAGCAUGUCUUUGAAUAGGAAGAGGCCUCACCUUUACUUUACAAACACAAAAAUCAGUAAGAAAUGAUGUUGAAGGUGUGGAACAUAGAGUAAAAAAACAUUAAAUCUCAUGGAGGGAGAGAGAGCAGUUUGUUGGCUAAUUACUGAUCUCUUUAAAAUAUUAAUUGGGAAGAGAUCAGUUGGCUAAUGAAAGUGUAGUAAUGACUGUUGACAUAAUUAUUCUGAUACAUUAAUCAUGUUAAUCCCUGAUGACAGGCAAUUAUGGUAAGGUUGGUAAAUUUGGGUCAAGAUAUGUUGUGAAAUGCACCUGGUAACACCAACCUGACUGUCCCCCUCAUUUGUAAGACCGCACAGCAGGGCUGAUUGCCUCAUUUACAUAAAACCUGACAGUGAUCAACACUUGUAGGGGACGGUGCUGUGCGUCUAUUUAUCAUACGCUAAAUGUAAGGAGAAAACUUAUAUGGGACGCUGACACCAGGCGCAAGUAAAAUCAUCAACUCGCUUAAUUCAAUUCACGUGAAUCCAGACGCGUGAAUGAAUAGUGUUUACUCGCUUUAAUCAUGCGUCAACAGUAAUUUCAACGGUAAUCCCUGCCAAUUCAACCGGCGGGAUCAAGUGAUAUAGUUUUUUACAAUUUACCAGGUAAUCCGACCUCCUCACUCACUUGCCUCCAAGCGAGCUCCUUUUUAUUCCAGUUUCGGUAAUAAAAAAAAAAAGGUAUAAUUCAGGGCACCCACACACCGACACGAUCAGUUUAAUCAGCAUGAAGAUUGCCGGGUGAUGUAUGAAAAUGGACGGUUGUUCGCUGGUAUCUAAAAUGGAGGACAGUUAUCGUGAUGCGAAUAUCCGCUCAAGUUGAGACAUUUUCAGCUUGACACAAUUUGCGUCAUUUGCGCCGCCAGUGUAGUAGGGGCGUCUAAUCGCGUCUUUACAUUGACUUAAAAUGUAAUUCAUUCGCUCAAAUGAUUUUACUCGCUCUUGGUAUGUGGAGACAGUUGGAUCUAGUUGAGUUGUAACUGUCAGCUCCAAGUCAAAUAUAAGGUUUCAUUCAGCUGGUGCAUUUGGCCCCUGGAGCUUGUUUGCAAAGGGUUACAAAGCCCGUUUAAAUUGUCUGUGGUAAUGUGGCUGCAGGUAUCACAACUGCCCUUGUGUCAAUAUUUUCUUUGUUUAAGGUGGAGAGUUGUGAAAGCAGUUCUCCAAGUAUGGAUGAAGUGUCUCUGAGCGAGUUUGGUGAGUGGACAGAGAUCCCUGGCGCACAUUAUGUCAUUCCCGAAGGUUUCAUGAAGAUCGUGGAGCUCUUGGCCCAGGACAUCCCGUCCCACACCAUCUGCCUUAGAAAACCUGUCCGCCGCCUCCACUGGAACUACUCCGCUCAGCACCAGGAGAUGAUCGCAAAAUGCAUCGACACCAACCGUGACAACCACAACGAAAAGCCCCACGGCUGUCAACCUCAUGAAGACCCUCUGAUCCGGGGUCAUCCCAUCUACGUGGAGUGCGAGGAUGAGGAGUGGAUUGCGGCCGACCAUGUGAUCGUUACGGCCUCUCUGGGAGUCCUGAAGCAGAACCACGAGGUCAUGUUCUCGCCCUCUCUGCCUGAGGACAAAGUUCUUGCGAUUGAGAAGCUGGGCAUCAGCACCACCGACAAGAUCUUCUUAGAGUAUGAGGAGCCAUUUUGGAGUCCUGAGUGUAACAGCAUCCAGUUUGUGUGGGAAGACGAGGCUCAGCUGGAGCAGUUGGCUUACCCUGAGGAGCUGUGGUACAAGAAGAUCUGCAGCUUUGACGUCCUGUACCCGCCAGAGCGCUACGGCUACAUGCUAAGUGGCUGGAUCUGUGGACAGGAGGCUCUACACAUGGAGCGCUGCGAUGAUGAAACUGUGGCUGAGACCUGCACUGAGCUGCUCAGGCGCUUCACAGGUGAGGAUACAUGAAAACACGAUACAGGGUUAUGAAUCACUGGCAAAGGUUAUCAAUCAUGUAUCUUGUUUCUUCCAUCAAUGGGCGUGUCAGGGUUUUACGACUGGGGGGGACUUUCAGAGCUGGGGUGUUUAUUGCAGUUGGUAAAAACUUUGACAAGCAAAUCAUUAAACUAGAUAAGAUCUACUGUCAACGUUGGUGCUCAAGACACACAAAGGUGGAUCUGAUCUAUACAUCACAGCAGUCGAUUCACGAGCCUGAAACACAGAGAGGCAAUGGUCUCAGAAGCAAUGGUUUUACUGCACAAAGUCAGCUGUAUUUUGAUGCUUUUCUACUUCAUUGGAUGAUAAUCGGGUAUUUCUUUGUCAAUUCUGUUAGUGGCGAAGCUCAACCACUGUUAGGUGGUUUGCAGGGUGGCGAUACUGAUGGUACUUGAAAGAGUUACACGUGUGUGGAAAUGGAAGACUACUCACAGGAUGAUAGUUUAACCCUUCCCCCCCUGAAUUUGUGGUAAUUAUCUCAGAAAAAUGAUUGAUUAAAUAACGAUUAUUGAGCAAUACAAGUAAAAUUAAUGCUGCGUUCGAGUUACCUCGGAUGUUAGACGUCGUACACGUAAAUAACGUCACAUCCAAGUUACCAGCAUUUCACUUAACAAGUCAGAAAAAAGCAAACUCAGAGACAGAAAUGGCUACAUCUACGAAAGUUAUUUUAGCGCUUGGCUUGUCCUUGUUAUAUUCGGACACUACAAUAACUUUCAUAGAUGUAGCCAUCCUGUUUCCGCCUCCGGUUUUGCUUUUUUCCGACUUUGUAACUGAAAUGUCGCUAACUCGGGUGUGACGUCAUUUUCAGCUCCGACAUCUGACUUCUGAGGUAACUCGAAUGCAGCAUAACCUCAAACAAACAAUCAAAAUUCGAAUUAGGGUCACAAAUGACACUUUCUUAGAAUAUACCAAAUGCUUAAGCUCAGUCAGACAGACCUCCUUUACAUCCUUUUAAUUGUUGUCAUAACCUCCUUUUUCAGCAACCCGAUAUCUCAGCUCUAUCCAACAGCCGGUCUUAACAUAGUAACUUUGCAGAGCUGAGUCUGUGUGCUUUAUGACUCAUGAAGAAGGGCUGGGUCAUUGCAUUUUAUACAAAGGAUAUGACAUAAGCUUCAGCUGUGAUGUAAGUGGCUUUUUUUCGAGAAAAAGGUUGACGUAUAAUACAGCUGAAUGACUCGCCUGUCUGCCUUUGUGUUCAGCGAGCAGCAGCCAACUGGUCUCCUGUCACUAACACAAAAGUAACCCUGAGCCGUAAUGAUGUGUUAGAUAACAAGGGGAAGAGGCUUUCACUGUGUCGCAAAUUAUCACACAAAUGACACAAGUUAUAUUUUCUUUGAGGUCUAUUCUGAGUCAACACAAAAACACUAAAAAAGCAAAGACAUAGAUAUUGCAGCGUUCAUUGUAAUACAUGACUACAAGUUGACUCAUGUUUGUAGUUUGGUAGAAGAUUGAGCGUGAGCGGAUAGAAAUGGCUCAGAUUAUUGCGUUGUAUAGUGAUUGCCUCAGAAAUAGGUCACACAGUGAGUGUCACUUCAUGAUGAGGUCAGGGGACCUCCUAUAGACGCAGACCAGGAAACCGCACACACACUCAUACGCUUUGCUCAUUUAGGUCAGAGGGCUUUAAUCCCCUCAGCUGCUGCUUAAUUACAUAUGGACUAACUGGAGCCCCACGUAGGGUCACCAGUUGAUUAGUGUUGGCAGAUUAAAAAUCCCAUUUUAAAGCUGUAAUUUACAGUCAUUUGGAUUGCCGUGAUACUGUAACCCACAGGAUUAUUCAAACAGCAGUCUGUGCGCUGUUAUCGCUGAGUUUCGCCCUCUUUUAUUCGUCCUUUUAACGCUGUCCCUCUCGUCUGUCCACAGGAAACCCUGACAUUCCAAAGCCCUGGCGUGUCCUGCGCUCGUCGUGGGGCAGUAACCCCUAUAUCCGAGGGUCCUACUCCUUUACCAGGGUGGGCUCCAGUGGAGGGGACUGUGAGAGACUGGCCAUGCCACUGCCUUACGCCAACAGCACCAAGGCUCCCGUAAGACAACUACAAAAUGACACAACACGAAAAGAUGUUAUGGAAAUUUAUAUGAUAUAUACUUUUCUGAGUAUGUGUCUUUUUUUUAUCCACUAAGUUAAAGCUGGAAGUAUGCAUUAUUUCUGAUAUUAAUAUUUAAUAUUCUGAUGUAUUACAGUUUAUCAGAUAGAAAUACAGUAAAAUUUGAGAAUUUAUAGCCCUGAAGAAUAUAUAGUGCUACAUUUCAUUCAUUUGCCAUUCCCUGAUAUAUAUUUUUUUAAGAGAAUGACUCAGUGUGCUACUUUUAGAGAAAAUUAUAGCCAAGCUUUUAUUCAUUAUUUGAGUUGAUUGCUUUUCAGAUUUUUUCCUUUUACAAUAAAGCCAAACUAAAUGAUCAAGUAUUUCUUUAUCAGGGGAGACUAUCUUCUAAUAAAGUCAUCUUUAUGCCUUUUCAAAACCAACCUUUUUUUUACAUUUCAGUCAGCUUCAAUUUGAUUUGAUUAUUUGAUUCCAAUAAGAUACAUUUGGCGGUCAUGCUCUAUUACAUGCGUAUGUAGAAUAGCAGAGCUUGAGGCAGGUAGAACACACCUCCGCCUCUGUUUUAUCUGUGUACUGUACAUGAAGAGUCAUGGUUGGGGGGGCAGCAGAAAAGACCCCAACAUGUAUAACAGUAGUAAAAAUGGAUUUUGUGGCCUGUCUGAACUAAUGCCAGCUGUCCACAGAUCGUUAACCAUCGUUCUAGUUGAGCUGAUUCAGUAGUUCAAACUGUAUUUACUAUAAAUUGCCAUUUUCCCAGUUAUACUCAUCAAAUUACACGAUUCUUACUUGAAACUACACAUGAGUGAGUGGUUACACUCCCUUGUUAUGAAAUGUUGUAUAUUUUAAUUCAAUCUCUGGGGGUUUCAGUCCUUUGAAAAUGUAAGUUGAAGCUUCCUCUGCAGCUGCGUUUCCCCCUGUACAGUACAUUUGGUUGUUUACACUCUCUGCCUGCUAACUGAGAGCAUCUGUCUUAACUCGGCUGUGUCAUCACUACCAUGUUACAUGGCAGCAUACUCAGAGCAAAUACAGCUGGUGUGUGUGUGUGUGUGUGUGUGUGUGUGUGUGUGUGUGUGUGUGUGUGUGUGUGUGUGUGUGUGUGUGUGUGUGUGUGUAGGGGAGUUGAUUCUUGGCCCAAAGUCUAGACCAGGAAACCUGAGGCGUUCUGUGUGGAGGGGGGUAAGGGGUGGGUUUGUGUGCACACUUGACACUGCUGAAGGAACGGCAUGACCCGACACUGAACUGCAGCUCUUCAGAGGUGUCAAACUGUAAUCUUCAGACUAAAGUUACUGUAGCCUCCUGAACAUGCAGAACACCAACAAGAGAAUAAGUGAGGAAAUAAAAACUGUGAAGGGUUAAAAAAAAACUUUACAAUAACCAUAAUUUAUAAAUAGUAGAUAGAUAGUUUAUUAAUGUAAGUUAAUAGUUUCUUUACCAUUAACAUGCAAUAAAGUUAUGGUUAAUAAUUUUCAUGAAUUAUUAAUGGACUGUUUAUUAAAGGUUUAUAAUAUUGGUUGUAAAACAUCUAGAUUAAAAUGUGUGUCAGUAGCACUUUGUAAAUGGUUCAUAUUUGGUUUUUAAUCCAUCUAUAAACAUUACUUAGAUCGUUAAUGUAAAGUUGCAACUGAUGUUUGUAAUAUUUUGUAAAUGAUUAAUAAAUGGUUUAUAAACCACCUAUAAACAUUACUUAGAUGGUUAUUGUAAAGUUAGGUUUAGGGUUAGGUUCUUAAAAUUGUAAAAUUCACAAAUUCAUAAUGGUCUAUAUGCUAUUUAUAAAUGAUGACUAAACGUUAAUAAACUACUUGCUUAACAUUUAUAAAUGGUCUAUUUACCGUUUAUAAGUUAUGGUUAUUGUAAAGUGUUACCAAAAAAACUCUACCUCCUUUUCAUCUCGGCUCAUUUGACCUUUUCUCCAUCCUCAGCCUCUGCAGAUCUUGUUCGCUGGAGAGGCUACCCACAGAAAAUACUAUUCCACUACCCAUGGUGCUUUGCUGUCAGGACAGAGAGAAGCCACUCGCCUCGCAGAGUUGUACCAGGACUUGCACAGGGGAGACACCACAAAGCCUAAUCUGUAAAAUAAACUGAACCUCUGACUAGUGAAAAAAGAGAAACUGUUGAGUUUUACACUUUUUAUCUUGAUGAUUAAGUUAUACUUAAAAGCAUAGCUCGGGCAUUAUGACAUUGAUAACAAAUGAGUAUUGUUUCUAUUGUACUGUAGACUGAAAUCAUGCUAAAUUUUAUUUGAAAUGUACUGUUAAAAGUUGCCAAUGGUGCUGUCAUUUCUUGUUGUUAUCAUUCUAUCAUGUUUUUUUAAUCAGUAAGUUAAUGUUUAUAACAACAACAUCUGUAAUUUAACAUUGUUUUUUGUAAGUGCCUUCUGUACGUUAAGUUAUGUUAUUUCAAAAUUAUGGAAAUACUAAAUAAAACUGAUAAAGUUUUAACAAAAUUAAAAUAAUAUCAUGAUAUAACAUGAGCGCUUUAGCCUUUUUAAGUCAUCAAACUCAGGCGUCCUCUUCUCUUUUCAUUCGCUUCUGUCCUCCUGAGUAUUUUCCAGAAAAGUCCGACCACAGACAGAAGCUGUUUCCAUGCUUUCAUCAUUCUUAAGUGAUUUUAAGUCUAUGAGAGGAAGUGCAAUCGGGAAGGAAAGAAAAAAAAAACUCUGAGUCCAUAAAGCUGUGCCAAAGUGACAGAUGGUGAAAGAACAGACUUCAACCCUGUGUCUACUCCUGUUUGACAGCAGUUUGAUAGUUUGUCUAAAGAAACCAACAUGAUCAGGCUGAAAGGAGCAAACUUAGAAGGUUUCAACCGGCCUAAAAAUGAAGGAAAAUCAGUUUUAAAAAUAAUCCUCUUCCCGUUCAAUUUUAUCUGCAGUUUGUUUCAUCUUAAUAUGGUCAGGAUAAGCCUACCAUCCUCAACUAGGGAAAUGACAUCCCAAAAUCCUCUGAGUUUAUUUCAGAUUGAGAGAAAUGAAGACAAAAUGCUUUACAAUAUUUUUUCUAAGUGACUCAGACUGGAUCUUUCUUGUCUUAGAGCCUAAAUCCAUCUUCAGUGUACCUUGAUUUCCUUUGGUAGCUGCAUAAAGUUGGAGUGUUGUGUCUUUGUCUGUGUGAUCAACAAAAAGCAUAAACUUUUCUCCAUAGUGGACAAACUUUUCCAUGUUAUAAAAGUAAAAAUAGGACAGAGACUUGAGCACAAAGGUCCUGUUUUUCAUCAUCUUGGCCACACAAAAGCUUGAAUUUUCCCUCCUUCAAAAGGUCUCAGAUGUGUGUUGGUAUGGUACAGGAACAGAUCAUAAGAAAGAAGUGCUAUAUAAUCGGACUUUAAGUGCUGAAUUGCAGUCUACUGGCCAAAUGAUUCUGUGCCAAGGACACAGAAGUGAAACUUUCUGGAUGUCAACUUGUUGCCAGUUAUGAAUAUGAAGAAGCAUCAGAUGGUAACAUGCUGAAAAAGAAAAGAGAGAGCAAAGUCGUGGUGUGAGAAUGACAACUUUGUCGAAGCUUUUACAAAGCCAAGUAGAAAGAGAAGACAACAGCUCUAACACAGUUUAUGUUUCUGAUCCGCUGAUGGAGAAACAAGAUUCAACAAAAAAGAAAAAAAAAGUCUCUUGGGGGGGGGGGGGAAACAGACAGACAGAGCCUGAAAAAUAUUUAACACACUCUGGUUGACAGUGUGUUAUGGUGAACAAAUGAAUAUUUGACUUUCUGUGCAUGUGACAUAAUGUAUUUUGCAUUAUCCCUGCUUGAAUGUUUGGAGUUUGGAGCAUGCAGUCAGUAUGGUAUAUAAUUAGUAUGUAGUCGGGGUUUGGGAAACUGGGCAAACCUAACCAAUAAUUCAAUCCUUAUUUAUUUAUUUAGUUAGUUAUUUACAAAGCACCAAAAUGAUCAGAGAAGUUACUUAACAAGAAAGUUCUCAACAUUAUUGUUUGUCACGUUAUUUGGUGAUAAGAAAACACUUUCCAAAUAUAGCAAGGACAAACCUCUCAUCAGGCAGAAACUUCAAGCAGAGCCAGAGUCAUCAGUGUACAGCCAUCUGCCAGGACUGACAGGAUGAAGGAGUCUCUAAAAUCUUUUGGUUUAAAGGAAUAAAAAGUCAUGGGAAAAAAUCAUACAGUGGGACUGAAUAAAAACUCGAGUCAUUCACCCACUAUUCACAGAUUCACAGAUAAAGUCAGUGUUACAAAAAUAAUGUGUGACAGCUCUGACUCAAGGUUGUACUUCUCAACAUACAGUGAAAAUUUCAACCUAAUUUUCUAUCCUCUCACGCACAGAUAUUUCAAACGACAUGGUUGUCCAAAAAAUAGCACCUUUGUCAAUGAGACACUGAAACAGGCUUCACAUUUCUGAUUUGUUGUGGCCCAAAUCUGUUAUCUCGCCUCAGAGCAAAAUGUCGGUAAUCUACUCGAAGAUGAAAAAGACCUUUUGAUACAACUGUUUUCACCAACUUCAUGUGUUUCUACUCCGCCACAUAGUGACCUUAUUCUGUCUAAUAUUUGGCACAAGGUGUUUCAUGCCAUCAUUACCUAAACUUUUUUUUUUUCCAAGUAAUGACUCCAUAAAGGCACUGCAGAAAAUGUGCUUUUCACUCAUACGUUUUUCUUCUUUUUUCAAGUCAUGUAAGCAAAUGAUUGAACUAAAAAGAGGCUUAACUCUGCAGUCACUUAUUUACUGUUAUAUAAUUGUUUUGAGCAAGCCCCUUCAAAUUACACUGAAACAUAAGAUAAGAUAUUGAUAAGCAGGUUAAAUGUUUAGUUUUUCAUUGAGAAAGGUUACAUAAUCUUCUGGACAGGGGGCUUUUAGUAUUGUGAUUAUGUGCACAAGGCUUUAAAAGUGAGACUCUGUUUUCUGUGGGCUGUGUUCUCUCCCCCUCCUCCUCCUCCUCCUCCUCCUCCUCCUCCUCUUCCUCCUCCCCUCAGACAGAGAGGGAAACUUGGGGACAAAGUUCUGGCAGGAGGCCCAGUCCAGCUGGGGAAUAGAAGAGACUUUGGAGGGCUUAACCAUUCAGCUACAGAUGGCAAAGUUUCCUGGGUUUUUUCUUUUCACUGUUUUGGCUAAAGUGAGGGAGUACAGUCAACUGAUUUUUAAAAUCUUUGAAAUCAGGACAAAUGGUUUUUCAGGGGGUGCAAAUCAACAGAUUCAGCUUCUAUACAAAAAAAAAAAAAAGAAAAUAGAAUUACUAAAGCAUUUGUUUAUGGUUGAAAUACAUUAUUGGCCUUUAAUUUGAAAAGGCUUUUGUCAUUAUUCAAUGAGUAUUCAUAUUUCUUUUUAAUACCCCCAGUUUAUAGCCCUUCUACACAUUUCUUACCACUUUAAGUGUCCUAAAAAUCUUCUUUGAACAUAUGAGGAUUAAAGAAAAAAUUACUUAAAAAUAUUAUCAAAUGGUUUUUAUAUUGUUGACCACCAGGGGGCAGAAGAACUGUAACUAAUGUCUGAUAAGCUAGCAGCAGACCCUACCCAACUUUCUCACCUUGUUAACACAUUUUAACCACAGUUCAGUGUCAUUGAAGGUAAUAGUUUUAUAUUUUCCUGUCUAGUUUUUAAGCAGAAAAACUUACAUUUUUUGUUUGAUUUAGUCGACCUCCUUCUGAGAGAU